UGUCUGGUGUCAGGAGGGAGGAGGAAGAGGGUGGUGUAAAGGGGCUGUAUAGGAAGGGCAAAGGCAAAGGCAACAGGCACAACGUGAAGGAGACGAGUCCUCCAUCUUGGACGCCGUCUGACCAACAGGAUUAUUCCUCAUCUCUGGCUUUCAACAUGAUUCCCUGGUGGAGGGCCACGCAGCUGGUGGCUCAGCGAAGAACUCUUGUAACAGCAGCUGCUGGUGGUGGGCACCAAGGUGGUGGGUCAGGUGCACGGACAUGGAAGAUCCUGUCCUUUGUGGUGGCGCUUCCUGGAGUAGCUGUAUGUAUGCUGAAUGUUUGGCUGCAACAGUCAAACCACCCCCAUGAACGCCCCGAAUUCAUUCCCUAUAACCACCUACGCAUACGAACAAAGCCUUUUCCCUGGGGGGAUGGAAACCACACUUUAUUCCAUAACCCGCACACCAAUGCAUUGCCCACAGGUUAUGAAGAUGGAGGCAGCCACCACUGAACCAUUGCCGAAAUCUCUCCCUUUGGAAUUGGAAGGCGCAAAGGCAAAGGCCCUGGCAAAACAUCAUACUUUUCCCUACAUGUGGACAAUAAAAAUAAAUGUAAAUGAAUGCAA